CAUGAGGCUGAAUCGAUUUGAGAAAAUUCUAAAUAAUUUCCAUCUGAAUGACAACACGCAAGCCCAGGGUACCGAUCGGCUUUACAAAAUUAGGCCACUAAUUACUCACCUGAACGAGGCGUUUCUAAAGCAUGGUGGAAUGGACGAGAAUCUCUCCAUUGAUGAGAGCAUGAUACCGUAUUAUGGUAGGCACUAUGCUAAACAAUAUAUCCGUGGUAAGCCCAUUCGAUUUGGAUUCAAAAACUGGGCUCUGAAUUCCAGCGAUGGAUAUAUGCUUCAGUUCGAUGUGUAUAUGGGCAAAAAUGCAGAGAGCGUCCCACAAGGAUAUGGAGUAGGAGGUGACAAAGUGGUUGAUCUCCUCACGAAAGCAAAUGUACCACACCAUAAGGGAUUCAAGCUUUUCAUCGACAACUAUUUUACGUCCGUGAAACUGUUGCGCAAUUUGGCCAGUAUGGGGAUUUGUACAUCUGGUACAAUUAGAGACGGUCGCAUAGAGAAGUGUCCUCUUCGUAAAAUAGCCGCCAUGAAAAAGGAGCAGCGAGGAUCCAGCGAUUUUCGUUUUACUGACGAUGGCAAGAUUCUCGUUGUAAGAUGGAAAGAUAAUAAUGUGGUCACCAUUGGCUCCAACUUUGAUACCAUCGAUAUCGGGACGUGCAAGCGCUACGCGAGAGGGCAAGGUGCGAUACAGAUACCACAGCCGAAACUUCUUCAGCGCUAUAAUCAAGGCAUGGGAGGCGUUGAUAAAAUGGACCAGAUGGUGGCUGUGUACCGGUCUAGAAUUAGACAGCGUAAGUGGUGGUGGCCCAUAUUUGCAUAUUUGUUGGACGCAUCGAUCGUAAACGCAUGGAUCCUUAUGCGGAAAGUUCAUCCGAACGACCCAAAUUGUGGCACUCUGCUAAUUUUUCGCAGGUACAUAGCCAAUUCGUAUCUAGAGAGAUACGGAAUGCCGUCCUCAAGAGGAUCGAGUAGAACCAGCAUCAACCCUGAUGCGCGCUACGAUGGAAAAAACCAUAUGAUUGAGUACUCGAAUACGGAUAAGAGAUGUGCCUAUUGCGGAAAGAAGUCUAACUUUGUAUGUACUAAGUGCGAGAAAGGGCUUCAUCCGAAAGAAUGCUUCAAGCAAUAUCACACUUCAAAUGCCCAUACUGCAUAGUGUCCCUUAUAAGGGACGGUCCCCAAAACCCCCAAAACACAUUUUUUUUAAUAAAUCGAA